AUGCAGAAUCCAUCCGUAGUUCUCUAUGGUCCACACAACGCGAAGAUCGAAGAUAGACCCAUACCAGAGCUGGUCGACGCACACGAUGUCAUCAUUCUCGGAUCUUCUGUCAAGACCGUCAAGCCCGGUGACCGGGUAGCAAUUGAGCCAGGAGUUCCCGUGCCGUCGGCACCAGGGCCGCCAGAUACCCCAGGUACAUUGUCCAAGUACUUUCGUUGUGCAGAGGACUUUGUGUACAAGAUACCGGAAACCAUAGGACUUGAUGAAGCGGUGCUCGUGGAACCGAUCGCAGUCGCAGUGCAUGCUGUCAAACUCGGUGAUAUCAGACCUGGCGAGACCGUGGUGGUGAUGGGAAGUGGAACAAUUGGUUUGUUUUGUGCAGCGGUGGCACGUCAGUUCGGGGCUCAUCGCAUCAUCAUCGUCGACAUCCUGGAGAAGAAACUGGAAUUCGCAGCAAACUUCUUGAAGUGUGAGACAUACCUGUUCUCAAUGGAUAUCAGUGCCGAAGAUAACGCCGAAAAUUUGCUGAACAAGUUCGAUCUUGUGGAGUAUGGUAUCGACACUACUGGCGGCCUCGUGGACACGGUCAUUGAAGCUUCGGGCGCAACAGCCAGCAUUGAGACUGGCAUACACAUGAUCAGACCUGGCGGAAAGUACGUUCAGACAGGCCUUGGGAAGCCAAUAAUUGAAUUUCCCAUCGUUGCCAUGGGACAGAAGGAGUUGAUGAUGCGGGGCUGUUUCAGGUAUGGUGCUGGUGAUUACGAACUUGCGGUGAAGUUGCUGGAGAAUGGUCUUAUUGAUGUGAAGCCUCUAAUCACGUCAGUAACACUGUUUGAGCAGGCCACGGAUGCGUGGGAAAAGACUUCAAGGGGAGAUGGAAUCAAGAAUCUGAUUCUAGGCGUUCAGAACUGA